GACCUCCCGCAUAUCAUCUAUACCCCUCCUCACCCGGACUCACCUCAUAUCACUAUAUCCCCGCUCUCCCCCGGACACCACGCAUUCACUAUAUCCUCUCUCCCCGGACCCCGCAUUCACUAUAUCAUCCGCUCAUCCAAUCCCGGACCCCGCAUUCACUAUAUCCGCUCUCUCCCCGGAACCCCGCAUUCACUAUAUCCGCUCUCCCCGGACCCCGCAUAUCACUAUAAAUCCGCUCUCCCCUCACCCGCAUUCACUAUAUAUCCGACCCUCCCGGACCCCUCAUUCACUAUAUGUCGGCUCUCCCAGCCACUCCCCGCACAUUCACUAUAUCCGCUCUCCCCGAGACCCCUCCAUUCACUAAUAUCCGCUCUCCCCGGACCCGCAUCACAACUAUAUCCGCCUCCCGACCCCGCAUUCACU